GUUCGAAUUUGGCCUGGUUCGGUUUGCACUUUGCGGGAUGCGGGAGCAACCCACCAGGAAUACCCACUAGGACGUGCAGUUGGUCGUCGUGACUGUGGCAUAUUCCCAGAAGCAGAGCAGCUGUUGUCCUAGUCAUAUUCAGCCUACAAAGCCACAAUGCCAGCAGCGAAACUUCGUCUGUGCAGAGCCAUCUUGAAGGAGCAUUUUGGGCCCAUAGUGGAGAAAGUAGGUUAUGCUCUUCUUGAGCGGGGCCGAAGUCCCUUGUCUAUCCUCAUUCGCAGAACCGAGCUGCCAGCGUCGAAAGUCCGAGAGGCACUGUUUGUGCUCAUACAACAUGGCAUAGUUACCUAUGCCGAGACACCGGAGGGCGCACGGAUGGUGGUGUAUUACCAAGCAGAAGCCCGCAGCAUCAUUGUGAGAGACAGGAUUCCAAUCUAUCUGCAGAUUGUCAGGAAACGCUGUGGAGAAGACGCCGAGAGAAUGCUCUGCGAGACAUUAUGGCACGGCCGGGCAAACUAUGAUCAUCUGAUAGACAAAGCGAGAGCACCAGGCGUCUCGCAUGACCAGCUUGCCGAAGCAUUCAGUAAAUUGACGGACAUGCGCGUGUUGGUCGCAUGCACACCGGAAGGUAGUCUAUCAAUCGAUGAUAGGCGGAUGACGGAAGAAGCACAAGAAGUCGCACGACGUGGUGGCCUCCCUCUGACCGCAACGGAAAUGACAAAGCUGCGGAAAGAACUGGCCCUCAAGCGGGAUGCGCAAUACGACGACAAAGUAGAAACGGGAUCGAAGCGGAAGGUGGUUUUGGACCUGGAUGAGGUCGCCAAUAAGCGAUUGGCGAAAGAUGAGAAAAGCGAGGAGAAGGAUACCAAGUACUAUCGCGCAAAUCUGGACAAGCUGCAUGUAUUCCUACGGAACGAGGAAAUCGCUCUGCUCGUCGAACGACGGAUGAAUAAAGGGGCGGGCGAGGUCGUCAAGAAGCUCUUGACUGCAUCAGAGAACAAGAUGCGACAGUGCAGAGAAGAGGAGAAGUCGGAGCCAGUUAGUCAGAUCAUGCUGUCUUCGCUUCUCGAUCCUUCCAUACCGCUGCUUGUCGAUGGCCGUAGCGGUGCAAGUGCUACGAGGGAAUACCUCGAUGCGCUGACGCAGGAUGACACUCAACUCAUCAAGAAAGCGUCUGAAGGAGGUGGGGGGCAGUACACCGUGAACCUGAAACAAGCGGGCAUAGAGUUGCGAUCGCGCUGCAUGGAGUCGAUUGUACAGGAGAAGUUUGGGGAUACAGCGAAGAGGGUCUGGCGCAUUCUCCUAGCUAUGAACAAGUUAAACGAGACUCAGGUUUCAAAGAUGGCCCUCAUCCCGCUCAAGAUGGCUCGUCAUUGUCUAUACGCUCUCAUGAACGCCGGCCUUGCCUUCAUUCAGGACGUUCCGAAGACCGUCGACCAUUCCGCAGCACGCACAUUCUUCCUUUGGUAUGUCUCCAUACCAAAAAGCACCAGGAUCCUGCAGCAGAACACGUAUCGCACGCUGUGGAAUGUGAAGGAGAGGAGGGAGAAAGAGAGGGAUGCUCGGGCGCUUCUCAUUCAGAAGAUGGAACGCUCGGAUAUCGUUUCUGGGGAGGCUCAGUUGAGCGAGGCUGAACUCAUCAACGUAGAUCACCUGAACAGGGUAGUGAGUCAACUGGUGAUGACAGAAUCGAGACUGUCGCGGCUGUUGAUGGUGUUAGAGGAAUUCUGAAGGCAACAUGUACAUACAUGUAUAUCAAAAUCCACGCAAGUACGGCAAU